AUGAGUGACAAACCCUUCUCUACUUUUUCUCACAAACCAUUGAAUUACAACAAAAUUGAAGGAUUUUGUGAAAUUCGAUGGACCACCAAUUUGGUUUUCCUAAGCGCAGACCCGGCAAAUGUUACCACAGUCCAAGCAUUUCUUGACUGUCUUAAAUAUCACAAUGCAACUGAUUAUGCUUACUAUGUGACGCUACAGGGGUAUCUAAAUUUAUCUUCUUUAAGUGGCGUGAAUGCAGAUGCUGAUAUUGAUAAGACCGCAUACCGUAUUUACAAUCAGUUAUUUGGUUUUGGUUUUUACGCUAGUUUUGACUUAGGAUUUAGGAGAUAUUACGAUUCUGGUUUUGUAAACAAUAUAGAGAACGUAUCGGGAGAAGACUUAGUCAAUGAAGGCGUGAUUAUGCGUGAAUCCUUGUACAUUGCUACACACGUAGCAGCAAAUACUUCAGUUGUGAACCAAUACAGAACUGUUGCUGAAAAUAUUGGUUACAAUCAGACGGAGAUUGAGUCUUUGAUCAGUACAAACGCUAGUGGUUAUAACACUCAUUUGCUCAGGAGGACAACAUAUUACGAAGCUUAUGCGACGGACAGUGACGCUACCAGUGCGAACCGCAAUUAUGAACUGUUCGAACAAAGCACGAGUUAUGACCAUUCAAGUUCAUAUCAGCCAGCACGAUUAGGGAUCAAUAGCUGCGGGUAUGUGACGAGCAACUUCUAUCCACACCAUAGAUGA